AUGAAUUUCAUAUCUCGUUUUAUAAGAGCCCUUUUCCAGCCUAAGAACUAUGUUUUAUGUUUUAUAUUUUGUAUAAUUUGUUUUCAUUCGUACUGUCUUUUAUUUGGCAUUCCUGAACGAUUUAUAGAUGUCCCAGAAGGAUCAAAUCAAAAAAUUGAUGUAUCUGAAAAUGUUGAUUCAUCACUUCCUUCCACACGUGCAGAAACUGAUUUAAAAAUUUCUGGUGAUCAUUCUGGAUUAGAAAAAUUGGAUAUCCUACAAAACAGGUACGAACAUAUAGAAGAAGAAAUGAAAAACGAUGUUACAAAUAAUUAUGAGAUAGAAUAUAUUGAGCAAUAUUCUGAUGAAAAUAAUAUCCAAGUAUAUAUGGAAAAUUAUAAUGAAAACUAUGAACUUUAUAAUAAUGAAGAAAAACAAAUGGAUGUGAAGGAGGAACAAGAAAUGUUAUAUGCUGAUGAAAAGAAAUUGGAAGGUACUGAGGAAAAAAAAAUGGAAGAUACUGAAGAAAAAAAUAAUAAUAUCGAUUCGACCAAUGAUACAAUGCAUAAUAAUCUAAGGAUACAUAUAGGAUUAAACCAAAGAAAUGUAUCAGAAGAUACAAUUAAUAAAAUUUCAUCAGAAUAUGUCAUUCAUAUAAUUUUUGAAAAUAUUAUGAAAAUGACAAAAGAAGUUAUAUCUCUAUUUUCUAAAGCAUUUUUGAGGAAUAUAGAAAAAGAAAAAUAUAUACAAAACAAAAAUGAUACUUUUGAAACAAAUUAUUCAGAUUUAGAAAGUACGUUAAGAAUUAUGAAAAUGAUAUCUUAUAUUUGA